AUUUAACUUACACUCAUUCAAUAUCCUCUAUUUAUUUUAGGAUACAAGAACUUAAAGAAUCACUUAAUGAGAAAGAUAAAGAUGUAGAGGAGAAAAGCAAUGUGAUUGCCGCUUUGGAAAAGCAAUGCAAAAUGGAGAGUGACAAACUUGAGCAAAUAUGUAAAACAAGUAAUGAAAGGAUACAAAAACUUGAAAAAACACUGAAUGAGAAAGAUAAAGAUGUAGAGGAGAAAAGCAAUGUGAUUGCCGCUUUGGAAAAGCAAUGCAAAAUGGAGAAUGAGAAACUUGAAGAAAUAUAUAAAACAAAUAAUGAAAGGAUACACAAACUUGAAGAGAAACUAUGUAAGAAAGAACGAGAAAUAACGGCGAAGAAUCAGGCGGUUGCAACUUUGGAAAGUCAAUGCGAAAUAAAUAAGCAAGAGGUCAUGAAAAUACAAAUCAGUAUAAUUUUGAAAUCAUGCAAAACAAAAAAGUACAAGGAGAGCAAGCAAGUGAAAUAAAACGUUUACAAAAAUAUGAGGAAAUUCAUCCAGCUCUCCAAGCUAAACGUGAUGAAUUACAAAAGAAAUUGGACAACUACGGGACAACGUUAGCUAAAGCUAACGGCAAAAUAAAACAGCUAACGAAUGAGUUACGCACAGCAGGAAAGGAAAAAGAAGAACUAUUGCAUCGGUACGGUUUUAUUUGUUUCCUCAUUU